AUGGAUGUUGGUGAGAUUUUGGAAUUGUCAGUCGAGGGACUGAAGGAUAAAUUAAGAAUAGUUGGACUAUCGACAGUGGGACGAAAGAUGGUUUUACAAGACAGACUGCUUGAACACUUUCGGUUGUCCAGGCCUGAGAGAGACCAGGACGAAGAAAGUGAAGAUUACAUGACGGACGCGGAGUCUAGCAAUCGUAGGACAUACCCGAAUGGUAACCGAUUCACACUUAAAGAUGUAGAAAACUCAUUACCAACUUUCGAUGGCACAGGAUUUACUGACAUUAAUCAGUGGAUCACUGAGUUCGAAGAAAAUGCAGAAAUUUUGGGUUGGAAUCAGGUCCAAAAAUACAUUUUUGGGAAGCAAUUGGUUAAGGGCGUAGCUCAGAAAUUCUUAAAAUCCAUUAAAGGGCUUAACAGUUGGGAAGGUGUCAAGAGGGAGCUUAGGGAGGAAUUCGCUAAAAGUUUCUCGGCAAUAGAAAUCCAUAGGCAACUGAGGAUGAGAAAGAAAAGGAGUAGUGAAACUAAUCACGAAUACCUUUAUUCUCUUUUGGAACUGUCCAAGCCAAUAGACCUCGAUGAGGAGAGCUUGAUAGAGUACUUCGCCGAUAGUAUACCUGAUUCAAGACAAAAUAAGUUGUGCUUAUAUCAGGCGAAAACGUUGAAGACAUUAAAAGAACAAAUUAGGCUAUACGAGAAAAUUCGAGGAAGUACUAAAUCUAGUAGUGUCCAAAGUCAGUCGACUAGUUAUGUAGUAGGUAAUGUCCAAAGCAAAACUGAAACAAGGAAAUGCUUUAAAUGCGGCAGUGCUGAUCAUCUCGCUAAAGAGUGCGAAGCAAGGGUUUUCAAAUGCUUUAAAUGUGGGCAACCGGGUCAUAAAGCAUCUGAUUGUAGGUCGAGCCAAACUCAAGUAAAGAAAGAAAGAAGUAGUGUGCAAAUUGCUUCAACAAGCACAGGUAUUUCUGGAAAGGGUGAGGCCAAGGUAUGUUUCGCAACUGGAUCGAAUAGAAUUUUUAUAACUAUUCAAGUAGCGGGACUAGUUGUAUCUGCUCUUGUCGAUACUGGCAGUGACCUUUGCCUAAUCAGAAAUGAUUUUUUGCUCCUCAUGAGUGGUGUAGAGUUGAAACCUUCCAAAAUAAGUUUGUUUGGUAUUGGACAGAAGGAGGUCGCUACAAAAGGAAGUUUUACGGUGUCAGUAAGCAUCGAUAGUUGUGAGAUAGAAAUGACUUUUCAUGUUCUAGGUGAGGCCGAUAUGCCAUAUUCUGCAGUGAUAGGGAAUGAUAUACUUAGGAAAGUUGAUCUUUUUAUCGAAGGAGAUGAAGUUGAAAUUAGUAUGAAAGGUACUAAGAGGAAACCAAUAGAAUGUAAGGUUUCGGGCAAAAGUAUUGCGGAUGCAGGUAGGACAAAUGUUGAACCAAGUGAGUUAGCUAAGGUUGAAGUGGGAUCCGGUAGGUCGAUUUUUGUUGAACCUAGUGAGUUGGCUAAGGUUGAAGUCAAGGAUCAUAGUUGGGUUUGUAGGAAAACCAAAGAUGUGUUUGUCCUAGAUGAAGCAUUCCAAGAUAUUUGUUUGUCGGCCAGUAAUGGCGAAUUUCAAGAUUGUUCCAAGGUUGAUUUAAGUCACCUUUGCAUGGAUUUGCAAAAGGAGGUUCAGUGUAUUAUUGAGGAGUAUUCUCCGAAGAUGGGUUGUAAGACGCCAAUGGAAAUGAAGCUUGUCCUAAGGGACGAAAUUCCUAUUUGGCAAGGACCUAGACGUAUGACUAGGCCGGAUCAGAAGAUCGUUGAUGAGCAAGUCGCGAAGUGGCUCGAGGAAGGGAUCAUACAACCGAGCGUGUCACCAUACGCGUCUCCGAUUGUUUUAGUAGGGAAAAAGGAUGGUUCAAAGAGACUUUGUUGCGACUAUAGAAGAUUGAAUGAGAAGAUCGUUAGGGACAGUUUUCCUAUGGUAGUCAUUGAUGACGUAGUCGACAAACUGCAGGCAGCUAAGGUAUUUAGUACGUUGGAUUUGAGGAAUGGUUUCUUUCAUGUUCCUAUGCACCCAGAGUCGAGAAAAUACACUGCUUUUGUCACUCAAGACUCGCAGUUUGAAUUUUUAUUUGUGCCUUUCGGUAUUUCAAAUUCCCCAGCAGUAUUCUAUAGGUUUGUGUCCGCCGUGUUCAGAACAUUAAUUCAAGCCGGUGUAGUCAUCGUUUAUAUGGAUGAUAUGAUCAUACCAUCUUUAGAUGAAGCUGAAGGAAUAAGAAAGCUUAAACAAGUACUAGGUACAGCAGCAGAGUAUGGGUUAAGGUUUAAAUGGGAAAAAAGUCAAUUCCUGAAGAGACGUGUUGACUUCUUAGGAUAUAUUGUUGAGAAUGGGCGUAUACAGCCAUCAGUAGAGAAGACUAAGGCCAUCGAAAACUAUCCGAUACCAAAGGAUAAAAAGGCAUUACAAAGAUUUUUAGGACUUACUUCCUAUUUUAGACGUUUUGUCAAAGAUUUUGCGUUGACAGCUAAGCCAUUAUCAGAUUUGUUGAAGAAAGACGUACGGUUUACGUUUGGAAACGAACAGUCCUCUCGCGUUUACGCAACUGAAGUCUAUGCUCGUCAAAGCACCUGUAUUGAAGCUGUUCAAAGUCGGAGCAAUUACGGAGGUACAUACAGACGCUUGAAGACAACAGCAUCCGAAGAGAAAUUCCAUUCCUACGAACAGGAAGUUCUAGCGGUGAUAGAAGCACUUAAGAAAUGGAGGAUGUAUUUAAUGGGUACAAGAUUUAAAAUCGUAACUAAUUGCAACGCCUUUACGAUGACUUUGAAGAAGCGUGAUGUUCCGUUAAGAGUAGCUCGUUGGGCUAUGUUCUUGCAAGAAUUUGAUUAUGAGGUGGAACACCGUUCCGGAACAAAGAUGAAACACGUGGACGCUUUGAGUAGAGUCUAUUCAAUGAUGAUAGAAGAGUCGCUAAACCUUCGAAUCAAAGAGGCGCAGAUAAGGGAUUCAUGGACUAGAGCGGUGCGAAAGGUUCUCGAAAGAGAAGAGUAUGAAGAUUAUUUCUUUAAAGCAGAUGUUCUAUUUAAAGAUCCAGUGCGAGAGCUCAUUGUUGUACCAGAGCUCAUGGAACGAGAAAUUAUUGAAAUGGCACACCAGCAAGGACAUUUUGGAGUCAAGAAAACUCAAGACAUAGUAGAGAAGUCAUUUUAUAUUCCCAACCUGACAAAGAAGGUUACAGAAUGCGUACGGAGUUGUUUGUCGUGCAUUAUCAUAGAGGCGAAGAAGGGGCGAAAAGAAGGACUACUCAUUCCUAUUGACAAGGGAGAUGUACCGCUAGAGACCUAUCAUAUUGAUCACGUGGGUCCAAUGGAAGACACCAAGAAGUUGUAUAACUAUCUAUUAGUAGUAGUCGAUGCCUUCUCUAAAUUUGUUUGGCUUUAUCCGACAAAGAGUACAGGUACCGAUGAGGCGAUCCAAAGGUUGACGAAACAAGCAGCUAUUUUCGGGAAUCCGAAAAGAAUUAUUUCCGACAGAGGGGUAGCUUUCACCUCGAACAGUUUUAAGAAUUACUGUGAAACUGAAGGGCUACUGCUACCAGCACCACUACUAACACCACCAACACCGCCAACCCCGCCAACACCACCAACACCGCCAACCCCCCCAACACCGCCAACACCGCCAUCACCGCCAAUAUCACCAAGACCGCCAACCCCGCCAACACCGCCAACACCGCAACCCCCGCCAAUACCGAGUUCAUCACCACACCAUUGCCUGAAGAAGAAAUAA